GACACCCUUUGUUGGCUGCGGCUGCCUCACGGGUCCAAAUCGACUCAUCUUCUCCGGCAGCGGCGGCGGCCUUCCUCUCUGCCCUUCCGCUUCCCUCUUGGAGGCCCCCUGCCCGGCUCCCCACCGCACCCACCUGGAGGGCAGCACGGCGGGCCGAUGGCGCAGGACGAUCCAGUUGUUUCCGCUCAGUGGCUGCAGCAGCACCUAGGGCAGCCUGACAUCAAGGUACUGGACGCCUCCUGGUAUAUGCCACAAGAGAGCAGGGACCCAUGGCAAGAGUACAAGGUGGCCCAUAUUCCUGGUGCAUUGUUCUUCGACAUCGAUGGCAUUGUUGAUCGGACGACUGACUUGCCACACAUGCUGCCAUCAGAGGAGGCCUUUGCUGCAGCAGUUUCUGCACUUGGUAUCACAAACCAUGAUAAGGUCAUUGUUUAUGAUGGCAAGGGCUUCUUCAGCGCGCCUCGUGUUUGGUGGAUGUUCAGAGUACUUGGCCACAAUGAAGUUUGGGUCUUAGAUGGAGGUUUACCUCAGUGGCGAGCUUCUGGAUACAAUCUUGGAAGCAACUGCCCUGAUGAUACAAUUCUGAAGUCCAAAGCUGCCAAUAGUGCUAUUCAAACUACUUACAAUGGUGAAUUGGCAAAUGCUUCCACAUUUCAGACUGAAUUUCAACCUCAGCUAUUCUGGACACUGGAAAAGGUCAAAUACAAUGUAGCUGUGCAGGCUCACCAACUAGUUGAUGCCCGAUCAAGAGGCAGAUUUGAUGGCGUAGAACCAGAACCAAGGAAAGGAGUAAGAAGUGGGCAUAUACCUGGAACAAAAUGUGUUCCAUUUCCUGAGAUGUUUGAUGGUUCACCAAUGCUUCUCCCUGCAGAUGAACUAUCUAAAAAGUUUGAGCAAGCAGGGAUUUCCCUUGAUCACCCGAUUGUCGUCACAUGCGGAUCUGGCGUAACUGCCUGCAUACUUGCUCUGGUCUGGAAAUCUUGCCUGCUCUUCUCUAAUGGUGCCAUUGACUCCACAAAGCAGGCUCUAACAAUAUCGGUUUACAGGGGCUCUAUAGAGUUGGGAAGCAUGAUAUUCCAGUUUACGAUGGAUCUUGGACAGAAUGGGAAGCGCAGCCAGAUAUUGAUUACCCAAAAUUUACUUGCACUGGCUCUUAAAUCAACGAUUCUGAAGUGCUGAAUGCAAUUGCCUGCAGCAAUCAGUUUAGAUUGUAAGCAUGAUGUCUCUCUGGCAAGCUUUGCACUUAAAUCAAGGUGAAGGUUACAGGGGAAGAUAUACCAACUGUACUAUGCCCGAAGGCAACACCAACAUAGUAUGCAAAUGGGGCACUUUUGCCGUACACAAACUUUAGACCGCAUUGUCAACAUCAAAAUCAUGAUUAAAGCUGUACUUAAAGUUACUAAUGAAAAAAUCUUGGCUUGAAAACAACAUUGAUCAUCUGAAUUUAUUUUGUUUCGGAGUUGCA